AUGGAAGGCACAGGCAGAGCAAUCCCUCUUAUUGUGUAUCUAGACCGUGAAGGCUUUAAAGUGACUCCUGAAGGUCUUCAAUUUUUAAACUCAAUUAAAACAAAAAUCGCUGUUAUUGCAGUAGCAGGGAAAUAUAGAACAGGGAAAAGCUACAUGCUUAAUAAAAUUAUCCUCAAUAUAAAUUCCCAAGGUUUUGGAGUCGGCCCAACUAUUAACCCUUGUACAAAAGGACUAUGAAUAUGAAGUCAACCGAUAGAAUUCAGAACUCAGAAUGGAGAAGACGCAACUUUAUUGGUCAUUGAUAGUGAAGGGCUUGGAGCUUUUGAUGAAGAUGCAAAUCAUGACACUCGGAUUUUCAUUUUAACAGUUCUUUUAAGCUCCUUUUUCAUAUACAACUCUGUGGGGAGUAUUGAUGAAAAUGCAUUGAACAAUCUCAGCCUAAUUGUGAAUUUAACCAAAAAUCUACAAGUGAGAUCAAGCGAUUCUGAGCUGGAUGUCGAUGAAGUUUCUUCUUAUUUUCCCAGUUUUUUGUGGGUUCUAAGAGACUUUGCAUUGCAGUUGGUUGAUCAAAAAGGAAAUGCUAUUACAGCUAAAGAGUAUUUGGAAAAUUCUUUGCAGCCUCAAAAAGGAAUUAGUGAUUCUAUUGAGUCGAAAAAUAGGGUAAGAAAAUUAUUGAAACAUUUUUUUAGAGACAGAGACUGCUUUGCAUUAGUUAGACCAUCUGAAGAUGAAAGAGUUCUGCAAGAACUUGAUAGAGCCCCAGACUCUGAUUUGAGGCCUGAAUUUGUAAGAGAUAAAUCAAAUUUAAGGAAAUUGAUUUACAGAAGAGCCAAAAUAAAAACUUUCAAUGGAAGAGACUUAACCGGGGAACUUCUGGCAGGUCUAGCUAUUUCUUAUGUUGAUGCAAUUAAUAAAGGUGCUGUACCUACAAUAGAAGGAGCUUGGCAAGCAGUCUGCAACUCAGAGAGCCAGAAAAACAUAGACCUAGCUUCACAUGAGUAUGAUAAUUUAAUGCGUACACAAAUUUCCAAUCAGCUUCUUACCCCAGAACAGCUAAAAUCCCUCCAUAAAAAUUGCAAAAAGAAUGCCAUAAAAUUCUUCAAAGAAAAAGCGCUAGGAGACAAUACUGACCAUUUUGAACAUUUACUUAAAAAAAAGCUUUUAGAAAGAUUUGGUUUCUUUAAUGCCCAAAACGAAAAGAAGGUCCUCGAGAAAUGCGAUGAUAUUUGUGCUGACCUCAUGCAAGAAAUGCAAGACAAGCUGAAAAGAGGAGAAUUCGGGGAUUUUCAAGUAUUUAAAAGAGAAAUAGAAAAAAAAAUUAAUGACAUAAAGAAAACAGGCCCGCAAGGAAAUGCUGUGGAGUGAAAGCUUAAAGAAGUAUCAUCUGCUUUAUUGGCAGAAGGAGCAGAAUAUAUUAGCAGAAGUGCGAUGCUAGAGCAAGAAAAUGCGACUAGAAAAAUAUCACAUCAGCUAGAAUUCGUGAAAUCCUCACUGGAAGCUAAAAAAGAAGAAUUUUCAAAGGAAAGAGAAUAUCUAAAAAAUAGGAUCCAAGAACUUGAAUCGGAAAAUUAUCGUCUGAAAGCUGCCUAUGCCGCCUAUGAAAUGAAAAUAGAAGAACUCAAAAAUGAAAAAGAACGGCUUGAAAACAACUUUAAAAAGAAAUACGAAACUUUAAAAGAUGACCAAAAAGAAUUAAAUAGUGAGCUUAGAGCCAGAUAUGAAGAAACGCAAAAAUUAUAUAAUGACUUGCAGCAGAAACACUCAGUAGAAGCAAAUGGGCUUCAAAAAGAGCUUGCCUUAAUGAGACAGGAGAUUAACUGAAAAUCACAAGAAAUCAGUGAUUUAAAGAAAAAAAGAGACGAAAUGGACUCCUUGUUCAAAGAAAUGAGAGCUCAGCUUAGAUUAGCCCGAGAAGAAAACGAAGCCAAUGAAAAUGAGCUGAAAAAAUUAAAAUCUUCGCAAUCAGCUAAAAGUCUAGAAGGGAAUGAAGCUUCAAAUGACAUCAUCCGUGAACGAAAUUUUCUCAGGAGUCAAGUUGAGAGCUUGAAAUCACAAAUUGAUGAUAGCAAAAACAUCCAGGAAGCUUUAGUCAAAGCCCUACAAGCCAAAAGUUUCGAAAAGCCUAAAGAAGCUGAAAAAAUCAUGUCUUACUCAGUAGACGAAAUGGAAGACCGAUGCCAAAUGCUUGAAGAAAAGUUAGAAAAGCUCAGCAAUGUUAAAAAAAUGAUUGACAAUGCCUCGGCUUUACAAUGUAAAUUAUGUGGAGAAACUUUUGGGAGAAAGGUUUUUAAUGCACAUAUUUCACUUUGUUCGAGAAGAGCGAACCAGUCUAGAGACUCUGGGCAGUUUAAUAUUGUAGUUGUAGAGUCAGUUAUUAAAGAUUCAGCUGACCAGAAAUCUUAUACUGACUCCCCCCAUCCUUGAUCGAACGACUCGCCAUCGUUCGAUCAAGGAUGGGGGUUUAAAAAAAAAUUUUUUUUGGGAAAAAAAUUUUUUUAUAUAUAAAAUAAAAUAUAUAUAUAUAUAUAUAUAUUUUUUAUUUACUUUUAAAUAAAAGGGUUAAGAUUAUUUAAUAAUUAUUUUUACAGCAAAAAAUUGAAUUAAUUUCAUUCAUAAAAAGACCAAUUUUUAAUAUUUUGAUUUAUUAGUCACACCUGUAAACUGUAUAAAUUUUAAUUUGUUCCUUAUUAAAUUAAAAUAUUUUUAAAAAAAUUUUAAAAAUCUCUAUUUUAUUAGAUUAUUGAGUUUUUAAGCCUAGGUUGAUGACUAAAUCACUUCGGAUAGUUGUUUCAGAAGCUUUCUGUCGUCUUAAAGUCUCUGAAAAACAACUUCAUUAUGUACAUCUUCCCAAGCUUUUGAUAACUAUUAUAUUUUUAUAUAUAUAAAAAUUUGCAUGAUAUGAAAAUCGUUCGAUCAAGGAUGGGGGUUAAUUUCUCCAAUUUUUAGGAAUUUUUACAGUCAAUCGUUCGAUCAAGGAUGGGGGGGAGUGAGUUUAUUAUCACAGUUACAUAUCGAGGGCAAAGCUGAACUGUUAAUAAAAGAUUUAAAAUGCUGGAAAAUCUGCAUAUGUCCUUACAGAGGGAGUUUUCUGAUAUGCAGCUGCCAGAUACAGGGAAUUUGUUUGUGCAGCAGCAGUCAUCUUCCUUGUUCAGUUCAAAAAAGCCGAUCCCUACAGAGGAGAAAAAAAGAGCUUGCCAGCAAUAUUUAAUGGAACUGGCUGCAAUUCCAUCUAUAAAAAACUCAAGGACUUUCAAUGACUUUUUGUGUGUUAAUCAGCAAUUUGAUGAAGAAGUUCCUGCAAGAAGAAAAUAG